GGAAGAUAUUGUAAAGUUGUGUAUUAAGGUGUUAUAUUUAAAUCAGUUUGUAUAUUUCCAAUUUAUUCAGUGAUACAAAUCGUCUGACUGAGGAAUCACAAGAACGAAAUAUGUCCUUUUCAAAAAGUAAAGUCAUAAUCGUCAUUAUUGCUAUUAGUUUACAUGUAAUACCCACAGCUGCAGUUGUUAUAAUUAGUGACGAAACAAAAAACGCUGGUGAAGUCAGACAAGAUCAUAAACAAGACCAAAGUUUUCCGCAAUACAACAUAAUGAAAGACAAUCGGGACAUACAAUACAUGGUAAAUGAAGCUAAAAAGAACAGAUUUCAACGAAUAUGGACGAUUUUGGACGAGAAACCAUACCUUAUAAAUGUUAUACCGGAAAACGAAUCCUACUCGCUGCUGCACCUUGCGACACUACUGAACAAUACCGACGCUGUUUAUAAACUUUCAAACUUUACAUCAUGCGACGUUCUGGUGAAGAGUGCACCAACUCUCAAAAGGAAAAAUGCAGGAGACAAAACACCAGAACAACUCGCUAAGAAUAAUGUCAUUAAAGCCUAUCUUAAGACUUUUACAGAAAAACGUAUGCAGGAACGUUUCGGUAACACACCCGUUUUCGUUACAACUCAAGCAAAAGGCGAGAAGUACAAUACACUUGGACUUCCAUUGAUGUUACUCACAAUGAGUUCAUACAAGAAAACAUUCUUUGGAAAUACAUCUUUAUCUCCAUCGAAUCAUUUUCAAAACCUCCUUAAUUACACAUUUCAAAGUUCAAAAGUUCGUCUGAAAAAUGUCGAGAAUGAAGUCAUUAAUUCGCUUUAUGGAUUCGACGCUAAUUCGGCCAAAAUACUUCGAGUAAAUACAACAAGGCUCUUUUAUGGGAAGAUAGUUAAACUAUAUACAGGAAACCAUGUGUAUAUGGAAAUGAACAAAGCACUGAAGCGUGAAGCUUUGUUUGAUUAUAACACUUACAGGCCUCGAAGUAGUGCACUUCAUUUUGGACCGUAUGCACUUAUGCUUGACUCAGUUUUGACAUUUUGGAAUGAACUUACACCAUAUAAUGAAAUAACAUAUAGGGGCGUCUCUGUAAAUAUAUCAAGUCAUUAUGAUGUCAACAUGAUGUUUGUGUACCUAGAUUUUGUUUCAACCACAGACGAUAAGCACAUUGCUGAGAUCUUUGCAGGGACACACGGUAGUGUGCUUGUGAUAGACAAUACGCACUUUUGUGCUUGGCAACCACGUGAUAUUGCUAAAUAUUCCAACUACCCGCAUGAGAGGGAAUAUUUGUACCCCUCUGGAGCUGAGUUUCUAGUAACCGCUAUGGAUGGACGCCAUAUUUUUCUCAAACUGGUAAACCCGUCCAUUUUAGGAAAAUAAGCAGACUAGAUAUGAUUUGUUUUGCCAGUGAGACAACUGACCACCAUAUACAAUCUUUACUGGUAAACCCACCAUUGUACAUAUACGUCAACUAAAUAAA